GAGAUAGCGAGAUAGGAGAGAAAAGACCAAAGCGGUUCGCGCACACGGUAGUUACGCGCGUGGGCUGCGACUGAUCCAGCAGAGAUCGAGCCGAUGAGUGCGCCCGCAGCAGAUGACGAGGUGGGGGUGACGUCGACCGUAUCCUCUACUAACGACGGCGCUACGACGCCUUCCAAGCCAGGGCGCGCGAGAGGCGGGGUGGGGAAGGGCAAGCAGGAUCGCGAGGCUGGCGACAAGGAGGAAGCAGAGGGGGCGUCGAGCAGUGCCGGGAGCGAGAGCUCCGAUGAUGAUGGAUCGAGCGACGAGGGAGGGGAGAACGAUGGAGAGGAGGAUCAAGGAAACAGCAACGGGAACGCGAACGGAGGAGUAGCCAAGGAGGAAACGAGUAAGAACGACGACGACGAGGCGGAGGAAGCGGGGAGUGGCGAUGAUGAUGAUGAUGACCAUGAUGACGAAGACAAGGAAGAGGAGGAAGAAGAAGAGAAGAAGCACAAGCACCGCCGAGCCAAGAAGGACCGUAAGAAGGACGGCGGCAGCAGCAGCAGGAAGAGGAGCAGCAGCGACCGGCACGGCCGGGGCAGCAGCGGGAGGGACAGGGACAGGGACCGGGACCGAGAGCGGGGCUCCAGCAAGAGGGACGGGGAGAGGGAGUCGUCCUCGAGGAGGGACAAGGACAAGGACAAGGACAGGAAGAGCAGCAGGAGGAGGACCAGGUCGAGGUCCAGGUCCCACUCCUCUUCUCGCCGCCACAGGGACAGGGACAGGGACAGGAAGAGGUCUGGCAGGGACAGCAGUGGCCGCGAAAGAGAUCGGGAGAGAGCCAGGUCUCGAGACAGGGAGAGGGAUCGCGACGGCAGGGGGGGCGGGAAAGACCGAAGGGACCGCGACAGGGACCGCGACAGGGACAGGGACCGUCAUCGCAGCAGCAAGAAGCGCGAUGCUGAGAGGGACAGAGAUCGCAAGGAGGGUGGCGGGGGGGGAGGGGAGGACGACGCUCGCCGCGGGAGCUCCCGUAGCGACAGGGACAGGCACAAACGUUCAAAGGAGGAGGAAGGGCAGGAUGAAGAGGAGAAGAGCUCGGCCAAGAAAAAGAGCAGGGCGGAGGAGAAGGACGCGGAGCAGAGCGAGAAGGACGAAAAGGACUCCGACGGAGAAAACGAAGGGAGUUCCAAGAAGGAGGACGGCGUUUCGUCUGAGGAGGGAGGGGACGGUCGCGAGGACGGCGACGGCAGCGCUGCUGCUGCUGCUGCUGUUGCCCAAGAAGACGAUGCGGAAGGGGGCAGCGACGAUGAUGCUGCCGCUGCUGAUGUUGCUACCGCUGACGAUGCUGCCCAUGCGCCAGGUGAUAUCUCUAAGGGGGAAGAGAACGGAGGCGUGGCGGCAGCGGAGGUACCCGCGGAAGGCGAUGCAGAAGAAGGGUCGUCGUCGUCAUCGUCAUCGUCAUCAGAGGACGAGGAGGAAGAAACGGAGGAAGCCGGAGAAGAGGACAACGAAAGCGAAAAGAAGAAGAGCAGCAACAGCACCCGGCGUGAGAAAGAAGGUGGCGGCGGCGGCAGCAGCAGCAGGCGCUCUGGCGAUAAGGAGAGGGAAAAGGAAAGCAGCAGCAGGAGGAAGGACAAAGACCGCACCAGCGAUAGAGUUAAGGACAGGGACAUGGACAGGGACAGGGAGUCGUCGCGGAGGAGACGCAGCUCCCCAGGCCGGCGUAGGUCCCGCUCACCCGGGGGACACCGCCGAGAAAGCGGCAGGAGCAGCAGGAGGGAGAGCUCCAGGGACAGGGACAGGGAUGGAAGACGCCGCUCGGGCGGAGACAGGGACAGAGACAGAGACAGAGACAGAGGACGGGAUCGAGACCGAGACCGAGAGAGAGAAAGGGACAGCAAGCGGCGACGGUCGUCCAGGGAGCGUUCCAGGAGCCGGUCCCGCGGCGGCGGCAGCGGUGGUCGGAAGAGGCACGAUCGAGACGAACGGCGGUCGCGAUCCCGAAGCCGCAGCCGUCGCCGUAGAGCGCGCGAGGCCGAAGACGAGGAAGACAGGAAGCAGAGGGAGAAGAAGGAGGCUUCGAAGAAGGCGAAGGCCGAAGUCCCCGCCAUCACCCUAGAGUUCGUCAUCCGCGAAAACCCUGGCAUCAGCAUCCCCGACGCCUUCCACAAGCUCGAGGUACUCCGGGCCCAGGAAGAGCAGAAGAAGGCAAGGGGGUCCACCGCCGCAGCGGCCGCGGCUUUAGCGGCAGGAGCACCGACAACGGCUACGGCAGCGGCGGGCGGGGAGGCGGGCGGCCCUACGGCGGCGGCGGGUGUCGGUGCGGCAGCGCCGGCAGCAACCGCGGCUGGCGCAGGGGCUGAGGUGAGCGAGCGGCGGCUUCUGUUGGAUGCCAAGCUGGGGCGGGUGUCGGCCAUCGCCUCCAGCGCCAUGGCUCACGUGUCGGCCGCCCUGGCGUACCCGGGAGGAGUGGCGGGCUUGCCAGGUAUGGCAGGCGCUGGAGCCACGGGUGCACUGGCUGCGGCUGCGGCAGCAGCAGCGGCGCCCUCCUCGGCAGCUCUAGCGGCCAACAAGGUCAUGCGGGAGUUGCACGUGGGCGGUCUGCCUCACGGGGUAUCGGGGGUUCAGCUGCAGGACUUUUUGAACGCAGCCAUGCAAUACCUCAAGAUUGCCACAAGCGCGGGCAACCCGGUGAUAAGGAUAGCCAUGGGACCAGACGGGACCAACUUCGCCUUCAUCGAGCUUCGCACGGAGGAGGCGAGUGCCGUCCUUUAG